AUGAAGCCCACUACCUCUGUCCUGGCGUCCCUCUCCCUCCUCGCCCUCGCGGCCCUUGCGCCCGCCGCGCCGGUUCACCACGGCGUCGUCAAGCGCUGGUGGGGCCAGAACCUGGGCUACGAUGCCAUCGCGUCUGCCGGCGCCGACGACGGUGGCAGCGACGUCGGUUACUCCGACACGAGCGCCUCCGCUAGUGACUACGACGUCGUGACCGUCUCCUUCACUGCUGGCAGCGAAGCUAGCUCGAGCUCCGCCCCCGCGAUCCCGCUCCCGUCCGCCGGUGACCUCGUCGCUGCGCCUGCCCCUGCUCCCUCGCCGUCGGCUUCGGCUGCCGUCAACGCCAGCGCUGGAGGCCACCCCACCCCUGUCGGCGAGACGUACACUGGCACGGCGACGUUCUACGAUGUCUCGAACCCGUCCGACAAUGGCGGCGCGGCAGCUGGCUCGGUCGCGUGCUCGGGCCACCUCUACUCGGACGGCGACAGCAUUGUCGCGGUCAACAUCCCGCAGUUUGCCGGCUCGUGCGGCCGCACCGUCUUCCUCAUCGACACCGAGACGGGCAACACGGCCACGGCGACCGCCGUCGACGAGUGCGCGUCAUGCCCCUCCGCUGGCGACCUCGACCUCGUCACCAACCUGUGGAGCCAGCUCCACAACGGUAACACGGACGCCGGCGUCUUCAAGCUCCAGUGGUACUUCACCUCGUAA